AUGCCGUGGUGCUGCAAGAGAACUACAUAUGAUCAAUUACCGGACCAAGUUUGUCGACAUUUCAUUCAUUCAAGCUUCUAGCACUGCAAUUUUUUAUCGUUUGCAAGCGUAAAAUUACUGAUUUAGUAAAAUUUUAUAUUUUAUUCAUUUUUCAUCGCCCUUUUCAGAACGAAAUAUGCAAAAAGAAAGGGACGUCUUGUGGAUACGUGGAACAAAAAGUGGGCCAAUGCUACGAAAAGCGGCUGGCAGUUCUGGACGGUCGCCGUUUGCUCGUCUACAAGUACUUCCUUUUCGGCGUUUGUGCAGGGUGAUUCAAAAACUAUGAGCGCGAGUUUUUUGUGUUUCACUGAGCCCUUAGUUAUCUCUUUCGGCUUCUCCAAACGAUUCUGGGAUUUAUUUUCAGUGAACCACUUAUCGGAAACUCGUACGACUUGGAAAAGAUGACGCGAAUGAAAAUUUCCCUAGAAAAUGAUGAGACGUUGGUGACGUUGAAGAUAAAAAGAAAAAAAGUAUUCUUCAAUUUUGAUCGGAUUCUUCGAUUUUGACUGUUCAGGUCGAAUUAAAAUUACCACAAAAGACGGCAGAGGCUUGGAUAACAACUCUGAUCAAGUAGAGUUGUUUUUUUCAAAGAAAACAAAGUUUUUAACUUUCAGAAAGAAAGGCGGAGAUUUAACUCACACAACUCACGCUCCGGAGUUCAGCCACGGCGCCUAUCUCCAAAAUCAAAUCCUGAAGUCGGAGUCCAGUCGGAAGAGCUCCAGUAAGGCGGAACCUUCCAAAAAGAAAACGGUUGAGCCUCGUAAGCCUUCCGAGAGUCAGACUGAAAGCUCUGAGAAACCUCAACCAAAGUAAGAAAUCUCUAUUUAUUCAGAAAACCCAAUUUUUAAGAUCUUCGGAGCAACCUGAGAAAACCACGACAACUGUAUCUGAGAAAAAACCAGCGCCAGUUUCUGACUUCUCUGAUGGAAAUAUCAUCUCCAGCUCAUCGGAUCGAUUAGUGGAAAAAGAGCAGUCGUCUGAUGUGAAAACUGUCAGUCUUUCCUCAAUAAAAUCAGACUGAAAGGCAUUUUCAGCGGGAAUCGGAGAAUAAAAACGAAGAUCAGUCGUCCGGCUUGUCUUCAUCUGCGGCGAGCGUCAAGAUUAAUCCUAACCGAAGUCCGGCUCCUUAA